GUGAUUGAUAAAUGGUCCACUGUUUGAAACUGUAAGCGAGCGAGUGGAGAAAUCCCGUGUUACUUUAGCAGUUUUUGCUGUUAUCUACUUGAAAUAAACUACGCAAGAUGUCUGCUUCAGUCCCUCAGAAGGGAAUGGGUCAGGGUAUGCCUGUCAUGCCCCCUCAACAGCAGCCGCAGGCACACAUGAUCCCUGGCCUAGGCACUGCGCAGCCGGGAAUGCCUCCACAAGGUGCCCUGCGGGAAAUCUCUCCUGUUUACCUGUGCCGCAUCGGUCAGGAGACUGUCCAGGACAUUGUCACACGCACAGUAGAGAUCUUCCAGAUCGCACGAGCCACUCAACUGCCCAACGGUGUGACACAGAGCCAGGCAGCAUAUCAGGACCGCUUUGGGAAACUGCAGGAUCAUCUUCGGCAGCUGACACUGCUUUUCCGUAAGCUGCGUCUACUGUAUGAGCGCUGUGUAGAGAUGACAACUGACCUCCAAGAGUCUCCAGCUGAACUGGUUCCUUACGUGGGAGAUGAGAUUGCACCUGUGAGGGUGGAGCCAUGCAACCCUGCGGUUAUUAAGGAAAGACAGGAAGUUCAUGAGAAAGUGAGGCAGAAAAAUCAAGAGAUGAAGGUGAUAAUGGACCAGAUGAGGAACCUCCUGUGGGACAUCAAUGCCAUGCUCACCAUGCGAAAAUGAUAGCAGGGCACUUCCCAGUAAACAGAUGACCAACUUCUUCAACCGUUCUCACUUUGUCUUCCUAGACAAGUUCUGGUGCUCUCACACUGGCAGCAGAGAAUAGUAGAUUGUCUUCUGUUCACUGCUAAUGUCACAUAAUAAUUCUUCUUGACAAAUGAGAUUCGACUCAGCAACUCUUUGCGGUCUUGCCUCAUUUACAGUGUUAAAUCACAAAACACUGAUUAAUUACUGGCUUAUCAUAGCACUGAAAGAGGAUCAGUUUGAGCAUACUGGCAGCAAUCUGAAUACCAUUCUAAUGGGGCGAGAUAGUUUAGUCAUUUGUUGGCAUGAUAAAUGAGCAGCACAGACCUAGUUAUUGUAAAUACAGUAAUAGUGCUUAUAAUAUGGUCCUUUGUGUUUUGCUCUGCGUGAUAAUACACACUUUUGGUCCUUAACACAAACAUACUCUGGUUGAUGUGUGUUUAAGGGUUAGGGAGUGUUAUUGUAGUUUCUUUGAGUUCUGUAUUACACUUCUGAUUCUUCCUUCUGGGUCAGAGGAUGUAGGAUUGUAGUUUAUUUUAUUUUGUAAACUCAAGUUUAAUGCCUGUGUUUGUAAAAAUGCAAAAAUAAAAAUAACUUUUUUUGGCCACUGUCAAUUUUUAAAGGAAACACAAAAUUGAUUCCAUAUGGGUAGUUAACAUGAAAUGACUCUGUAUAUAUGUAUCAGUAUGAUGCAGUUGCUAGGG